AUGGCAUGGCACGGCGCGUCAUGUCACGGUACGGUGUGGUGUGGCAUGUCACGGUACGGUGUGUCAUGGCACGGCACGGCGUGGCGUGGCGUUAGCUGUGUGCCAUGCAGGAGUCGGGGAUCGGCGCUUGCGCCGCUACGAUACGGUAUGGCACGGUACGGCGUGUCAUGGCAUGGCACAGCAUGGCGUGGGACGGCAUGGCAUGGCGCGUCAUGUCACGGUAUGGCACGGCACGGCGCGUUGUGUCACGGUAUGGCAUGGCAUGGCACAGCGCGG